AUGGAUAAAUCUGGGGUUAAAUUAGAUAAGGCAGGUGAAGAAUAUAAGACGUGUCUGCAACAAUUUAUUGAUGAUUCAUUGCUUGUUGCAUCUCACGAUGGGAUGCUCAAAUGUCCUUGCAAGAAGUGUUAUAAUCGGUUUUGGCGUGAAACAAAUCUUGUUUGGGCACACUUAUUGUAUGAAGGGAUGGAUCCACAUUAUGAAGAUCAAGUCUGGGUUUUUCAUGGUGAACAUUUACCUGACCCUGACUUCAUGGAGGAGGUAGAAGAACAAGAAUUGUGUGAACCCACAGUUAAUGAAAUCCACAAUGUCUUGUAUGAUGUUUUUGGGAGCGAUAGCUCUGCGAAUGAUGGCCAUGUUGAUACAGAGGGUCAAACUACUAAUGUGCGAGCCGAGUAUGCAGAAAAGUUUUAUGACUUACUCAAUGAUGCAAACACACACUUGUAUGCUGGUUCAACGAAGAUGAAGAAGUUAGAGUUUCUUGUUAAACUGUACCAAGCCAAAUGCUUGUCAGGUUCAACUGAUAAGGGAAUGGAUAUCAUGUUAAAGUUGGUAAAAAUUAUUCUUCCAGAUGGGGAGACAUUACCGAACAGCUUCUACGAUGUAAAGCAGUUAAUUGAGGAUCUUGGUUUGACAUACCAAAAAAUUGAUGCGUGUCCGAAUGAUUGUAUGCUAUACUGGAAAGAAUCUAUACUUGAUGAUUCUUGUAAUCAUUGUGGGCAAAAUAGGUACCAAAAACAAGAUGUGGAGGAGAAUGGUGAUACCAGAAAAGUCCCGGCUAAAGUGCUUAGAUACUUUCCACUAACACCUAGAUUGCAGCGCUUAUAUUUGUCAAGGGGCCACGUUGACCCUGGGAUGAUGGAAAACACCAUUUCAGUUGAGGAGCGAUGGAAUUACACUGAUGACAGGGUUAGCAAAGAACAGUUGAGGUUAUUGGUGCAAUAUUGGGAGACUAGUCCAGCGCUGAAACGAUCAAUCACAAAUAAAUGUAAUCAUGCGAAGCGCAGGAUGCACCACACAACGGGGACAAAAUCAUAUGCCCAAGUGAGGAACCAAUAUAAGGUGAAUCACAGGGGUGUCUCCCCUGACAGAUGCAAAAUAUUUGAACUAUGCCACCUAAGAAAGAAUGGAACACUUGUGAAUAAGACAGCUGCAAAAGCUGUGAGGCAUCCAUGUAAUAAAAUGCACAGUUAA